AGUCAUACAGAAUGCUGCGUAGCUAAUGAGCCGAGAUGCAACUUCCUGAAGUAGAGGUAUUUGUCAUAACUUCGAGCUCGAUCCCAACACAGACAAACAAAAACAUACAGAAGCAAGAAUAUUUGUGAUUAAUUUGCUUAGGCUCUUGCCAGAAGUGGGCGGGAGGGGGGCGACCGAACAGAAGGCUGUCAGAAGUCAGUGCGCUGACGCCUCCUGCUCUAACGUUAGUGGAGUUAGCUGGAUAACGCUAUCUUUUCAUUAUUAGCCGCCCAGUUUGAAAAUGGCAGACGAGCUCGCGAUCAAGCUCAGCCGUCGGAUCCAGAUUGAAGAAGGAGCCGAGGAUCCUGUUGCUGUGGACGUCCCCGGACACCAGAAUGGGUCUGAAGACAAACCGAGUACGGCCAGCGCGGACGCGGAGCUGGGUGCUCUGCUGAUGCGGAGAGAGGGGCUGAACGAGGGGCUGGGUGAGCCCUGCCAGCCCAGCAUGAAGGUCUUCAACCCCUACACAGAGUUCAAGGAGUUCUCCCGACACCAGAUCAGAGACAUGGAGAAGCUGUUCAAAACGUAUGAUGCUGGGAAAGACAACUACAUUGACCUGAUGGAGCUGAAGCUGAUGAUGGAGAAGCUUGAUGCUCCACAGACGCACAUCGGCUUGAAGAACAUGAUCAAGGAGGUGGACGAGGACCUGGACAACAAGCUCAGCUUCAGAGAGUUCUUACUCAUCUUCAGGAAGGCAGCAGCAGGAGAGCUGGCAGAGGACAGUGGCCUCAGUGUCCUCGCUCGCCUCUCUGAAAUCGAUGUCUCCGCAGAGGGGGUCAAAGGAGCCAAGACCUUCUUUGAAGCCAAAGUCAAGGCCAUCAAUGACUCCAAUCGUUUUGAGGCAGAGAUCCGCCAGGAGCAGGAGGCCAAAAAGAAGCAGGCCGAGGAGCAGAAACAGAGACGCGCUGCUUUCAAAGACCUGCAGUCAGCCUUCAAGUGACCAUCUGCCCUCUCUUCCCUCUCAGGACCUGUGGCUCUCUGUGCUGCACUAAUGAUGUCAGUUUGUCAAUGUGUGUGUGAAUGCUCCGUGUAUGCAGACAGUGGUCCCACAUGGUGGUCAGUAGUCUACGAUGCAUUAUGUACAUUAUGAAAAAUCAGCACUGUUUUUUUAGCUAAAGGAUAAAGAAUCAAUGAUCAGUCAGUCUAGAAUCAUCUAUUCAUUCAGCUCUGGAGCUCAGUAAGGCCUCAUUUCCACUAAGCCGUCUUGUUCCUUUCAAUUCAGGGCAUUCCACAUUAGAAUGGUUACUUUCCAUUCCAUUGUCUCAAGUUGUGGAGGGUACCAAUAAAACACUCAUUCCCGUCCAUAUUGUUUAUACCUCUCUUGCCUGGCAUACACUUCAGUGAUGAUUGGAUUGUCAAGCACUUCAAAAUAAUGGAUUUGAAUUUCAACCGGUUUAUGCAAAUUGCUAGUAUUCUGUUUCCUUACUUGGAGAGGAGAAAAGAAGUCUUGGAUAAUGUUUCUGUGCGCUCCAGCAGCACCACGCCCCUGCUCUGCUUCAAAAGCCUCAGCUUGUUCUUUAUUGUGCUGAAAAUGUUGUGCAACCCCGUUCAGUGGCUGAUCAGCAAGGCGCAAACUGUCCUUUGCAUCAUCGCUAAAGAGAAAAUAUAGAAAGAGCUCGAUGGAUCAGUGAUCCAGCCAUUAUCAUCAGUCAUGAGAGCACUGUCUGUGGUGUACAGGUACACAGUUUAGGUGCAUGUGGUUCUAAGGGUACUACUGGUAUAUCAAAAGUGUUUGGUAAAAAUGCUGCUUAACACUCAGAAACAGCAGAGCCAUUUGUGCUGAGCUAAAUGAAUAAAUGAGUCUUACAAUAUUUGUCGUUCACCACUGUGUCCCCAACAUCACAGAGCCACUUUUUACCCACAUGUCAACACUGUGCUGUCUAUUUCAGCACUUCAGGGGUGCUGAAGCAGAGGCCUCCAACAAAAAAUGGUUGAAAUGAUUGUCAGUGUGAAAACUUUUCAAAGCAGGAAAAUCCUCCCUCAUAGUGGAAUAAACUGCUCUGCAGUGUUUUAGUGUUACUGCAGUUGGCAUGCAAUAUUUUCUUACCUGUACCUGGCACAGAACACACACACAACCACUCAGGGUAGGCAGUUUUCAGUCCCCACGCCCAGAACCCUUUUGUGUUGGGAGCGUUAAUCUGUAAAUUAUAGCUAAAAUGACGCAGCGUCCACCUUAUUAUUUUUGUAGACUAGUGAUGAAUGCACUUGUGUCACUGUUAUGGCUACUGUGUAUGUAGCUUGUCUGCAUAAUAUUUGACUUAAAGGGAUACUUUGUCAUUUUCAAUCAGUUUUGUAUCAUUACAAUGUGGGUAUAUGUGUAAAUAAACUGAGGUAAACUUCCCUCCAUCUAACCACAGCCCAGAUCUCCCUGAUCAUCUCAGCUCUGUGAUGUCUUCCAGCAGAUUUUUUUUCGCUGGCUUCAGUGCCAUUACUUGAAUUACAGAUUGUGCUUCUGCAUUUUCAUAUUGUCUGUCUGUCUCUCUAAUAUUAACCCAGAUUAUGUUACUCUAUUUCCUAUUUCUUGACUAAAAUGUCUUCAAAAACAUAUUUUAGACAGCUGUUGAACUAUUGUUAUAUUGUGUCCUGUGUAAAAACAGCCAAGCUCGCAUUACAAGCAGGAGCAUUUAUUGGUCCAGUGUGGUGCAGUAGAUUCUGCUAGAUGCAGAUUUUCUAUCUCUUGAGCAAAAGCAAAUGCCACAGUCCUUUUUCUCUGUUUUCUCUGGUCAUAAAACACCAGUUUGAAAAGUCUUUGCAUCUUUCUACUGCACAGACAGCCCAGUUUUAUACAAAGACCAUCUUUUCAGCAGUGAAAUACUUGUUUAACUAAUUUCAGAGCUCGUAUUAAAUCCACAGUGACAAAGUGUCAAGUAGUUUUCAAUGUUGAACAAAAAGCUGAGCUCUACAUUUUUACUGUCAGCUCUGUAUUUUUGGACAAUGGGUUUGAGUGGGUGUUGAGUAAAUUUUGAUAUGCGAUUUUGGAUAGAUUCACCACCAUGUUUUGCAUAAGCCCUCCGAAGCUUUGAAAUAAGAUUUUCUUUUCUAAUUUCAGACAUAAAUACUAUCCUAACAGCUUCAUUAACAUUUUUAUUUAUUUAUUUACCCACUUCAGUGCUUAGAUCUGAGGAUGUAGUGACUUUUUUUAAUUUGAGGUCACACUCACCACGAGUCAUCAGAUCCUUGUUGAUGAACUGAAACCAGCCUUGAGCUUAUCAGCUCAUUUUCUGAGGUCCUUGUGAGAUCCAUCGUGUGUGUUGUAGUGAUUGAAGUAUCUUAAUCAAGACAUAGUAGAUUUAGCUUAACAUUUAAAUCCUAAAGAUGGUUUGGUGGAUUGUGCUGAUGGAUGGUGGUGGGGGGGUCAAGUUUCUCUAGUCAUUAAUCUGUAAUAAACAUUGUGUUUUGUUGAGGCACCUAUUCAAAUUUUAAAGGUUUAGACUGUAUGGGGGCUUAAAACAUUAUGAUUUAAGUAUAUGAAGGCCAUUCCCAUGACCAAUUAUGUGUCAUAAGUUGUUGCAGCAAUUGUUGAGUUGAUGCCAUUUGUAACACAGUUUGGGUGCUAAAUUGAAGCAUGUUUUACCUCUUGAGAAUUGAUUAAAAGAAAUUGGCCAAAACCACCAUAGAAAAAUAUUUGGUGUGAUUUGGAAUAAAAAACUUUUUAUAUCUGGA